AUGGCCGACGCACACGGCUCUACCACGCCUCCACCGCCCUCCCGCAUUCACACCCCCCCAACUCCUCGCCUCGGAUACCAGGACAACUGGGAGCCAUUUACUCCGCGCAAGUCUGCACGAAUUUCAUCACAACGAACAAGGACUCCAUCUCCCGGCGCAACAGAUCGUCAACCUCAAUCACCGUACACCACCAAAAAGUCAAACAAGCAUUUGAGCGCCGCUAUCGCAUCUCCCAUGCCGCAUAAGAAGCGCAUACCCGGUAGUGAUUUCGUUCGCCGAGCAACAGAAAACAUGCAAGGAGAAUCUUCUCGAGAUGGCGCUGGCCGUCGAACCCAUGAGCGAUCAAACUCUUCACUCCUUGGUGCCGCUGGAAUGCUUCCCACCCCAUCAAAAACUCCCCAGAAGCCUCCCAAUGAAAAGAAGACGGCGCACAUCAAGUCUGUUGCCCGCAAUCUAUUCAGCUCCGAUGCCGAUGAAGCUUCUUUGACUCCUCGGAAGCGCCCUCUCAAAAAGUACACUGGCAACACGUUAGAGAGCUUUGCUGUGGAGGAGGUCGAGGAACCUAUUGAGAUCUUCACCGACACCCGUGAUCGAGUUCCUGUUCGCGACGUGAGCCAAGAGAACCCUUUCCUCACAUCAGAAAACCCUUUCUUCAGCGAGGCACCUCGUGCUCAACCCACAAGACGUCACGACAGGCGCAAGGUUAAGGUUCCUGGAGAGGGCAUCAAGACUGUUGACGAGCUUGCUGACCGCAAGGAUGGCAUGGUAUACACAUUCCGUGGAAAGAGGUUCUUCCGCAAAUGGUCUGAGCAUGAGAUUGAAGAUCCCGAUGAGCUCCAAACCGUGGAAGAAGAUCCUGAGGCUCAUCUAACACGACCUUUGACUCGAGCCUCCAUCAAACCCUGCCUUCUGUUCCAGACAACCAAGACAGAUGAGCAAAUUGAGGAGGAAGAGGCCGUUACUGACGUUGAGGACAACGAAGAUGAGUUGGACAUUCCAGCGACACCGUCGAUCUUUAAGAAAGAGCGUGCAGGCACACCUGAAGCGCCUAGAUUUGCUCCGGCUUCACCACCUUCAACUCGACGAGUAACUCGAUCCACCAACAAGCUUGGUGAUGAAAGCACACCAAUCAAGCCACCUGGCAAACGGAGCCCCUUCGACGCCUGGCGACGAACCAAGGACACCGUCAAGUCGCCAUCGCGCAAACGGUCCGGGGAGAGCAUCGACACCAGGGAAACGAAGCGCAGCCGUGUUUAA